AACAGAGUUAUUCUUCUAUACGACAACCCAAUAUCACCAAACAAUCCAAAACAAACAACAACCCAUUUUCAAGAAUCACUAUCCAAGAUUCUACCCCAAUUCUACCCUCUUGCCGGAAGAUACAUCAAGAAGGAUCACUCGGUCGACUGCAACGAUUCGGGCGCCGAAUUCGUAGAAGCACAAGUUGCUGACGAUGUGACGCUAAGUGAUGUCAUUCUGGCAUCCGAAAGGGACUUGAAGUUGCUAAACGAUUAUUUUCUCCCACCUAAAUUUCACCAAGUGGACGAAUCUCCCACCGACCCACUCCUCUCGAUUCGGAUCACAAGGUUCAAGUGCGGCGGGCUUGUUGUCAGCGUCAGCGUUUCUCACAGAAUUUUCGACGCGUCUUCCGUCGGGACUUUCAUCGCCGUUUGGUCGAACGCCAACAAAAAUUCAGGGAUGGUGGGGAGCAUCAAAAUCCGACCGAGUUUCGACACUCCGCCCGAGUUUUUUCCAGGAAGCUACAUUAGUCGUGGCGAUUCUAUAAAAACGUGUUGGGAUCCCAACAUCGUUGUCAAGAGGUUUUCGUUUCACAAGGAGGCUAUAACGAGACUGAGAUCGAAAUUGAAGUUGCCAGAAAACUCGAGAGUCCGCGUGGUGUCCGCGGUCAUAGCGGAGGCCAUGAUCGGAGUGGAUCGGGCGAAGCACAACGGGAAAUCGAGAGCUUGCCUCAUUGCCCAGGCGGUCAACAUGCGUGGGAGAACAUUUCCGCCUCUUCCUAAACAUUCGUGUCGGAAUUGGUUGAUUCUGUCGCCCACACGGUGCAUGAUUCCAAGCACCGUUGUUGGGAAUAAUAAUAAUAAUAUUCAAGAAUUGGUUGAUAUACUAGGCGAUGGCCUCGAAAAAACCGUCGCUGAUUGUGCUGAAAUAUUUUCUCCAACGGGUCGGGAUGUGAAAAGUAUAAUUAUGGAGCCUUUAGUGAAUGUGAGGGGAAAAUCGAUGGGCGGGGAGGUGAAUGUUUUUGCUUUUAGCGAUUGGAGCAAGUUUGGAUUUUACGAAGCGGAUUUUGGAUGGGGGAAGCCCGUGGUGGCGGGAAUCGGGGCGUUUUCACGACCGAACAUAAUUGUACUUAUGGAUAGCAAAGAGGGUGGUGGAUUGGAGGCGUGGGUGCAUUUGAAUCGUAAUGACAUGCCUUACUUCGAGGAGGACGACCAAAUUAAACUAUUUGCAACCUAA